AUGGGGCUGUGCUACAGUCUGCGGCCGCUGCUCUUUGGGGGUCCCGGGGACGCCCCCUGCGUGACCUCGGAGUCGCCCGGGGAGGACGUACAGCUGGAUGCGAGUCCGGCCCCGGCCCUGGCCCCCGCGGCCGGGGACGAAGCGGCGGGGACGCUGCUGUCCUGGGGCGGCGGCCGGAGCGUGGUGCGCGCGCGACCCGGAGCGGCCCGGCGGCCGGAGCAGCUGCGCGCCGAGGAGCGCGAGGCGGCCCGGGAGGCGCGGAGAGUGAGCCGGGGCAUCGACCGCAUGCUGCGCCAGCACCAGCGCGACCUGCAGCGGACACACCGGCUGCUGCUGCUGGGGGCUGGCGAGUCUGGCAAAAGCACCAUCGUCAAACAAAUGAGGAUCCUGCAUGUCAACGGAUUCAACCCCGAGGAGAAGAAACAGAAAAUUCUGGACAUCAGGAAAAAUGUCAAAGAUGCUAUUGUGACAAUUGUCUCAGCGAUGAGUACUAUCAUACCUCCAGUCCCACUGGCCAACCCUGAAAACCAAUUUCGAUCAGAUUAUAUCAAGAGCAUAGCCCCAAUCACUGACUUUGAAUAUUCUCAGGAAUUCUUCGAUCACGUGAAGAAGCUCUGGGAUGACGAGGGGGUGAAGGCAUGCUUUGAGAGAUCCAAUGAAUACCAGCUGAUCGACUGUGCACAAUACUUCCUGGAGAGAAUCGACAGUGUCAGCCUGGUGGAUUACACACCCACAGACCAGGACCUCCUUAGAUGCAGAGUGCUGACAUCAGGAAUUUUUGAGACACGAUUCCAGGUGGAUAAAGUGAACUUCCACAUGUUCGAUGUUGGUGGCCAGAGGGAUGAGAGAAGAAAGUGGAUUCAGUGCUUCAAUGAUGUCACCGCGAUCAUUUAUGUGGCCGCCUGCAGUAGCUACAACAUGGUUAUCCGGGAAGACAACAACACCAACAGACUGAGAGAAUCGCUGGACCUUUUUGAAAGCAUCUGGAACAACAGGUGGUUACGGACCAUAUCUAUCAUCUUGUUCUUGAACAAACAGGAUAUGCUGGCAGAAAAAGUCUUGGCAGGGAAGUCAAAAAUUGAAGACUAUUUCCCGGAGUAUGCAAAUUACACUGUUCCUGAAGAUGCCACACCGGAUGCAGGUGAAGACCCCAAAGUUACAAGAGCUAAGUUCUUCAUCCGAGAUCUGUUCUUGAGAAUCAGCACGGCCACUGGCGAUGGCAAACACUACUGCUACCCACACUUCACCUGUGCUGUGGACACGGAGAACAUCCGUAGGGUGUUCAACGACUGUCGUGACAUCAUCCAGCGGAUGCACCUCAAACAGUAUGAACUCCUGUGAGGACCACCACCAUCCUCGCCACCUGCCUCCCCCGCACCUUGUGACCACUCUAUAAGGCGGAAGCUUUCCUCUGGACUUGUAUCUGUCAGCCCCAAGCCAUGGUAGGACGUAGCGUGUGUCUAGUGUCUUGUCCUGGGUAUACCACGUGUGACCACCAAGCCUCUGGCUACCUCUGUUCCCCCCAGGUUUGGUUCUGUAGCUUUUGUUUUCAUGGAACACAAAAUCUCCCCAUUCCAACCAACCCUCAUUUUGGGGUAACACUGCAGUGAGUCUCUCUGGGUGGAGAUCCUUUUUAUUCUUUGAUUGAUUGGUUGGUUCAUCCAGGAGAACUUGAUUUUUUUUUCAGGUUACCAAACUUGAUUGUGGAAUAUUUAGUGCCAUGAGGUGCUGUUUUUUGUUGUUGUUUUUUUCCCCUUUACAAAGCUGCAGGCAGACAGGUGGCUAUCCUUGUUAUCUGCACUAGCCCAAGGCUUAGAGUAGAUCCCAGGCCAGCAAGAGAAAUGCUUCUGCAGCCACAUUUACAGUCGCUGAAAGCUGCAGGCAAUUUAAUAGAGCACUUCUUUUAUUCUUUUACACUUAAGAGGAAAACCUACCCCAUUCACUACUGCAAAAUGCGUCCAGUCUAAAAACAAUCCAAUAGCUGGUGACUCAUGCCUAUAA